AUGAGUGAUCAAUUCGAUUUCGGGGUCAGGAUGGGCAUGAUCAUCAUGUGCGUGGCAUCUGUUGCAUCAGCGCUUGCCGUCGGUGGUCUGCUGCUGUACAUUGCGUAUAGCGCAGUCACCAUCAAGCGAAAUGCCUCGCGGCGGUGGUCCACCGACACGCAUAUACACUACUAUUUUCUCAAUAUGAUGAUAUCUCACCUUAUCUUAUCUAUUGGUGAAUUGCUCAACAUCAAGUGGAUUGUAGAGGCGAGGCUGUACCCCAGUAUCGUUUGCACCAUUCAAGGUAUUUCCGCUUUCACUUUACUAUACGCUCGUCUUUCAUGGCAUGCAGGUUUCUUGCUUCAAGUGGGUGAUGUUGGGGUUGGUCUCAGUACAAUGGCCGUUGCUGUGCACGUGCUGCAAGUAUUGGUGCUACAGAGGAGAUCUCCACCAAAAUUUGCUCUCCUUGUGCUGGCAAUAAUUUGGCUGCUCAUCCUUCUUCUGGUGGUCGUGCCGCCCAUUAUGGUUCAACGCAACAUUUAUGGUUCUAGUGGCCAUUGGUGCUCCGUCGACGGAAGUAUCAUGACGAAGGUUGGCCUCGUUUUCAUAUGGUUGUGGGUGUCUGGGGUAGUAAACAUCAUCUCAUACCUGCUCCUUGCACUCGUUAUCACGCGACUAGUCCUUGUGGAUGGACACAGAUUUCGGUGGAGGAGAAAGCAGGACACGAGAAUAAUUCCGUAUGAAGUAGACAUGUCUGCAGAAAAUGUCAGAGCAAUUCAAAUGGUCUCGUAA